GCGCGCCGCCCAAUCUACUGCAGUGUGUUGGCUUUCUCGCGGAGGAGGGAUAUACGCAAACGCCCUCGGUUCUUGGCAGCCGUUUCGGCUUCUCUAGCCCUGGAUACUUCGGCGUCUCGCCUCCCUUCUUCUUUUCAACUUCUCAUCCGGCGGCAGGGAAGCGCGCCGCCCCCCCCCCCGAGGCGCGGGAAGCGGUGGGACUACAUUGUCGAAAGGAGAUCCGGUUCUGGAUAGCGCUUUCCUCCGCGCGCGCCCCGACCGCCAUUUCGCAAGUUGCCGCUGCCGCUGACGGACGGGGAGCUGAGUCGCUGGAGCCAUGGCAGCCUCCGUGGGCAACGUUGCCGACAGCACAGAACCAACAAAACGUCUGCUUUCCUUCCAAGGGCUGGCAGAGUUGGCUCACCGGGAGUACCAGGCAGGAGACUUUGAAGCGGCUGAGAGGCACUGCAUGCAACUGUGGAGACAGGAGCCCGACAACACCGGCGUCCUGUUGCUGCUCUCAUCCAUUCACUUCCAAUGUCGCAGGCUGGACAGGUCUGCUCACUUCAGCACUUUGGCAAUCAAGCAGAAUCCGCUGCUGGCCGAAGCCUACUCAAAUCUGGGGAACGUGUACAAGGAACGGGGCCAACUGCAGGAGGCGAUCGAGCACUAUCGGCAUGCCCUGCGCCUCAAGCCGGACUUCAUUGACGGAUACAUCAACCUCGCCGCUGCUUUAGUUGCCGCAGGCGACAUGGAAGGAGCGGUGCAGGCCUAUGUCUCUGCCCUGCAGUACAACCCUGACUUGUACUGCGUGCGUAGUGACCUGGGGAAUCUGCUCAAAGCCCUGGGUCGCUUGGAAGAAGCCAAGGCCUGCUACCUGAAAGCCAUCGAGACCCAACCCAACUUUGCUGUGGCGUGGAGUAACCUCGGCUGUGUGUUCAAUGCGCAAGGGGAAAUCUGGCUGGCAAUUCAUCACUUUGAGAAGGUAACGACCCUGGACCCCAACUUCCUGGAUGCUUACAUUCAAUCUGGGGAACGUCUUGAAGGACGGCGGCGUAUAUUUGACAGAGCCGUUGCAGCCUACCUACGGGCCCUGAGCCUGAGUCCCAACCACGCUGUUGUCCACGGCAACCUGGCAUGUGUGUAUUACGAACAGGGGCUGAUCGAUCUGGCAAUCGAUACCUACAAGAGGGCCAUUGAGCUCCAGCCCCACUUCCCCGACGCCUACUGCAACCUGGCCAACGCGCUGAAAGAGAAAGGCAGCGUUGCCGAAGCCGAGGAAUGCUACAAUACAGCUCUCCGUUUAUGUCCGACUCACGCGGAUUCUCUUAAUAACCUGGCGAACAUCAAGCGAGAACAAGGGAAUAUUGAGGAGGCUGUCCGCCUCUACCGGAAAGCUCUUGAGGUCUUCCCGGAGUUUGCAGCUGCGCAUUCGAAUUUAGCCAGUGUUUUGCAACAGCAGGGGAAGCUCCAGGAGGCCCUCAUGCACUACAAGGAGGCCAUCAGAAUAAGCCCCACUUUUGCAGACGCCUAUUCCAACAUGGGGAACACCUUGAAGGAAAUGCAAGACGUCCAAGGAGCUCUGCAGUGCUACACAAGAGCAAUCCAAAUAAAUCCUGCGUUUGCCGAUGCCCACAGCAACCUCGCUUCCAUCCAUAAGGAUUCUGGAAACAUCCCAGAGGCAAUUGCUUCGUAUCGCACCGCCUUGAAACUGAAGCCGGACUUUCCUGACGCUUACUGCAACCUGGCGCACUGUUUGCAGAUCGUCUGUGAUUGGACCGAUUACGACGAGAGAAUGAAGAAGCUUGUCAGUAUUGUGGCUGACCAGCUGGAGAAGAACCGGCUCCCUUCGGUGCACCCCCAUCACAGCAUGCUGUAUCCGCUGUCUCACGGCUUCCGAAAGGCUAUUGCCGAGAGACAUGGGAACCUUUGCCUGGACAAGAUCAACGUGCUCCACAAGCCGCCUUACGAGCACCCCAAGGACCUGAAAGGCAGUGAGGGCCGGCUCCGCGUUGGCUACGUGAGCUCUGACUUUGGGAACCACCCCACCUCCCAUCUUAUGCAGUCAAUCCCAGGCAUGCACAAUUCGGACAAAUUUGAGGUCUUCUGCUAUGCCCUCAGCCCCGACGACGGCACAAACUUCCGGGUCAAGGUGAUGGCUGAAGCAAAUCACUUUAUUGACUUAUCUCAGGUCCCGUGCAAUGGCAAGGCGGCUGACCGCAUUCACCAAGACGGCAUACAUAUCCUGAUCAACAUGAAUGGCUACACCAAAGGAGCCCGCAACGAGCUGUUUGCUCUCCGGCCAGCACCGAUCCAGGCAAUGUGGCUGGGCUACCCGGGAACCAGCGGGGCCUUAUUCAUGGAUUACAUUAUCACUGACCAGGAAACAUCCCCGGUGGAAGUGGCGGAGCAAUAUUCAGAAAAACUGGCUUACAUGCCCAAUACCUUCUUCAUUGGUGAUCACGCCAAUAUGUUCCCGCACCUGAAGAAAAAAGCCGUCAUUGACUUCAAAUCAAAUGGUCAUAUCUACGACAACCGGAUUGUUUUGAACGGUGUCGACCUGAAGGCAUUCCUUGACAGCCUGCCUGACGUGAAAAUAGUGAAGAUGAAAUGUCCGGACGGCGGGGAUGAUGGCGCCGCUGGGCUCAGCAUGCCAGUCAUUCCCAUGAACACCAUUGCUGAAGCCGUGAUUGACAUGAUCAAUCGUGGGCAGAUUCAGAUCACCAUCAACGGAUUCAACAUCAGCAACGGGCUGGCAACGACUCAGAUCAACAACAAGGCGGCGACGGGUGAGGAGGUGCCACGCACCAUCAUCGUCACCACCCGCUCCCAGUACGGGCUGCCGGAGGACUCUGUCGUCUACUGCAACUUCAACCAGCUUUACAAGAUUGACCCAGCCACCCUGCAGAUGUGGGCCAAUAUUCUGAAACGUGUCCCAAACAGCGUCCUGUGGCUGCUGCGUUUCCCAGCUGUGGGGGAACCAAACAUCCAGCAGUAUGCACAGAACAUGGGCCUCCCCCAGAACCGGAUCAUCUUCUCUCCGGUCGCCCCCAAAGAGGAGCAUGUGAGGAGGGGGCAGCUGGCCGACGUCUGCCUGGACACCCCCCUUUGCAAUGGCCACACCACCGGGAUGGAUGUCCUCUGGGCUGGAACCCCCAUGGUGACCAUGCCAGGGGAAACCCUCGCCUCACGCGUCGCUGCCUCCCAGCUCACUUGCCUCGGGUGCCCCGAGCUCAUCGCGAAGAGUCGACAGGAAUACGAAGACGUCGCCGUGAAACUGGGGACCGAUCCAGAAUACCUGAAGAAGAUCCGCGGCAAGGUGUGGAAGCAGAGGAUAUCCAGCCCCCUCUUCAACACCAAGCAGUACACCCUGGAACUGGAGCGGCUCUACCUCCUGAUGUGGGACCACUUCUCCGCCGGCCACAAACCAGACCACAUCCUCAAGCCCGCCGAGACUGGGGAAUCAGCCUAAAGAUCCGGAGCCACGGAAUAUAAAUCCUUCAGGAUAUGUCCCUCCUUCCGGAGCAGAGGGAAGCGGGAGCCAAGGAUGUGAUUUGGGUGGCAACCGGUGACUCUAGUUCUUGCAUGACGGGGAGGCCAGCAAUUUUCGACCCCCUGAAAAAACCCUCUUUUCUGGAUCUUCUUGCCGCGGGGAGGCGUGAACAGAUGGUCAGUUGAUUCGGAUUUCCCAUGAACAAGUCUCUUUUCUCCCCCCCCCUCCCUUCCUACACAAAUCUGGAGCUUUUAAAGAUAACAUUGUUAAGAAUUCCUCUUGGUCCGUCAGUGGCUCUCUUUUAACAGCAUUUUAAGUCCGCAUCCUUCUUCCAAGGUUGAUGGAAGGGAUAAACGCGCCGCAGCUUUUACGGGUUUUAUAAACCACUCAAACCAACAUCCGCUUUCUUAAUCUUGGACUUCUCUCUGGGGCUACUGUUGUUUGUUUUUUGCUUCAAUUUAUGCCGGGUCGACUGUGCAGAAAAAGCAAGCACAAUUUAAGACCUAAAGUUUUGUUUCUUUCAGCUUCAAUUCACGCCGGGUCGAUUGCACGGAAAAAGCAAAUGCAAUUUAAGUUUUGGCUUUUUCAGCUGCAAUUCACACCGGGUUGACUGCGCCAAAAAAAUGCGUAAAGUGGGGGGGAGGAUAGCAACCCGGUGCCAAACCGCGCAUCCUUCCAGGGAGGCAUCAAAUUAUGUACAGGGGCGCAGGCCUGCACACCGCCAUCAAGGCUGAAAACUGAAUAGAAGAGCGUUGGUUUUUGCCCAGGUUGGCGUAUUCGGACGUGCGCUUCUCAGUUGAUGGAACAAUUAUGUGCUGGGCCGCCGGCGCUUUGACUUUGUCAAAUGCAGCUCUUCCAGGUAAGUAUGGGUUUCCGCCUGACUUCGGCAAGCUUUUUGGAAAUACCACGGUCGAGCGCAAACCUCCUUUUUCACAUCCAAAGUAUCGUUGACCAGCUUUUAGCCCACAAAAUGAUUGAUUUGAGGGCAAAGCUUGUAUCUGAUGGGUUGUUUUCCAAAUUGCUUCCCUGCCCAACGCCAAAAAGAUUAAGAGUGGUGCAUUUUCCGUGCUCGCGGUGGUGCUGCACAUGGAUCCGUGCCAAUAAUUUAUAUCUGUGGCCGGCCUCACGCGCCUUUCGUUGUAUUCCGAAUUUGAUCCUCAGGUACGGCGCCCUGAGCUGUGCUUAAACCUUUGCAGUUCCCUUUGUUUGGGCUUAAUAUGGGCUGGAUUAUAUCGAUUAUUUAUAUAUAGAUAUCAGCAAGAAGCAUUUAGUCACCCGAGCCCUGGGGUCAACCCUUAAAUCUUUGCAGCGUCAGUUGCCUUCGUUUGGGCUUAGUAUGGGCUGGAUUGUAUCGAUGAUCUAUAUAUAGAUAAUAUCAGCAAGAAGCAUUUGUCCCGGGCCCUGAGGUUAAAUCUUCAAUCUUUGCAGCACCAGUUCCCUUCAUUUGGGCUUAUUAUGGGCUGGGUUAUAUCGAUUCUCUAGAUAUAGAUAAUAAUAUUGAUGAGAAGCAUUUAGUUGCCCCCGUGCCCGGCGCUUUCUUUUUAUGGCGAAGAAUUCUGAAUUUUGCCGCCGGUGGAGAAAGGCUACACAUCUACUUGGGAGUAAACUAGGGAGUUGAGCUUUCGCUUUCCGCCAGAAGAAGAUGUCCUGAAAAGGUUAACCACUGUGUGUAGUUUUUAAAAAGGCGAGGGAAGAAGGGGUCUUUCCUCCCGUUGUGUUUCUUUCUGCUUGCUCACUGUAACGGCUUCUAUUUCCAGAUAAGUGUCGGACAAAUAAAAAUGAAAAUCACUGAC